AGAUUUUAGUGUUCUGCAUUUAAGAGAAUCCAAGCAAUUCUUGUUCAGAUUCACAUGCCAGCAUUUUGUGGCUCCUUGUGUUAUUGUAUGCAGCCAUAAUGGGCUAAAGGAAUACAAAGGGAGUGCUCUGCAUUGUGGUAAUGCAAAGAUUCCAUUGGAUUUUACAGGCACGGCCCUGUGGGAUUCCCAGUCAUGGGAAAGGGCUCCUAAAGCUGCCGUUUCUCUUUCCCUUGCAGCAGGGGAUGUGCCAUGGCAUAGCAUGACUGCUCUUCCCUUCACAUGCCAUGCCCUUCCUCAACAGCUCUGACCUCAGCCCAUCCUCCUUCAUCUUGGCCAGCAUCCCGGGGCUGGAGGCUGCCCAUUUCUGGAUGUCCAUCCUUCUGUGCUCCAUGUACAUCCUGGCGGUCACUGGGAACUGCGUCGUGAUGCUCAUUGUGAAGAUGGAGCCCAGCCUGCAUGCGCCCAUGUACUUCUUCCUCUGCAUGCUGGCUGCCAUCGACCUGGCCUUGUCCACGUCCACAGUGCCACGCAUCCUCUGCUUCUACUGGUUCGACACCAGGGAGAUCAGCUUCAGCGCUUGCCUUGUCCAGAUGUUCCUCAUCCACACCCUCUCGGCCAUCGAGUCCACUGUGCUGCUGGCCAUGGCCGUGGACCGGUACGUGGCCAUCUGCCACCCGCUGAGACACGCUGCCAUCCUCACCACCACCACGACAGCCAAGGUAGGGCUGGUAGCCAUGGCCAGGGGAGUCCUCUUCUUCCUGCCGCUGCCUUUGCUGCUCCUGCCCCUGCCUUUCUGCAGCUCUCGGAUGCUGUCACACUCCUUCUGCCUGCACCAGGAUGUGAUGAACCUGGCCUGCGCCAACACCACCCCCAAUGUGGUGUACGGCCUCACCGCCAUCCUGCUGGUCAUGGGGCUGGACGCCGUCCUCAUCUGCCUCUCCUACGUCCUCAUCCUCAAGGCUGUCUUGCGGCUGGCAUCAUGGAAGGAGAGGGUCAAGAUGUUCAGCACCUGCGUUGCCCACAUCUGCGUGGUCCUGGCCUUCUACGUGCCCCUCAUUGGGCUGUCCGUGGUGCACAGGUUUGGGAAGGACCUGGCUCCGCUCGUCCACAUCAUCAUGGGGAAUGUCUACAUCCUGGCGCCUGCUGUGCUCAACCCCAUCAUCUAUGGGGUGAGGACCAAACAGAUACAGAGGAGGAUCCUGAGUUUAAUUCAUAUCUAUGACAGAGCUGCCCAGUGACCUGUGCUCUGCUGCUGCCUCCUGUACCCUCAUACUAGACAAUCUUGUUUUACACUUGGAGUCCAUGCAGGACUGUUCUCUCUUUGUAUGGCACACAGCACAUGGGAGGAGACUGAGGGGCUGCCACAGAGCAAAA